AUGGAUGAACAAUUACCAAACCCAUUUGAUCCGUCAUCAUAUAAAAUUGAUGACGAGAUUCUUGUAGGGAUGACUCAUGAGCUUGAAAAACAGCCAGAAGAAAACAAACCGAAUUUUCCUUCAUUUUGGCCUCUUGUCUACCACAAUAUAAAUACCGAAAUUCAGCAAGGAUUUUCAUUUUUAGUCAGAAUGACUUAUUUUACUGCCGUUUCAAUCACAUAUUGCUUUUUUUGGACAUUAUUAGGUUCAAUUUUCAACUUUCAAAUCAAAGAUAAUAAAUCAUCUUUAGGGCAAGAUAUUAUAAUGUCUCUUUCUUAUUGUGUUAUAUUCCCAGCCGCGUUAUUUUACAUACAAUAUUAUCCUUUAUAUGUAAACCUAAGAGACGGAAAAUCUAUAGGUGGAUGUAUACUAGCGCAGUUAUUCGUUGUAUUCUUCGCUGGAGUUACGUUCACAGGAUUCAGAGGAACGGGUUUUAUUGGCAUUCAAUAUACACUUAGUGCUUUUGCAAAUGGAUCUCUUAUCAAUAGGAUUGUUGGUGUAGUUAUUACAGUUUGGGAAAUUUUCAACUUCAUUUUAGAAAUAAUUAUUUUAAUUCAUAUGAAUGAAAUCGAAGACAGUCAAGGUUCUUUGAAGAAGCACAACCAGGAGUUCGAACCGUGA